AUGGACGUUGCUCCCGCCACAGAUUUCGACUUCACUUUUCCAUCACACGUUGACACUUGCUACACAAGCGCCCCCUCGAGCCCCACGCGACUCACGGAGUUAUAUCACGGGUUUGACAAGUUGUUUAUGGUCGCCGAUGCUAACCACAGUGGUUCUCUAGCCACCAUCCCGUUUGCGUGGGAGGAGAAACCCGGAGUACCCAAAAUACCCUCAAACUUACUCGAAGACGAUUUUACAUUUGAUGUAAGUUGUGGUUUUGAUAGUAAAUCAGUUCAACAAAGAGAAAGAGGAAGAGAGAGAGGGUUUUCAAAUUCUUCAAGAAGUAGGAGAACGAGAUCGUUGUCGCCACUUGGAAGUUCCCAUCAAUGGCGACCACAAGUGGCGCCUUCGUCUCCUGCACCUUCUUCAGAAAAAAACAACGAGUCAAGAAAAUGGAGUUUGUUGGAUCUUUUGUUGUUCAGAAGUUCUUCGGAUGGUCGAGCAAUGGAUAGAGAUCCUUUGAAGAAAUACUCUGCCAAUUUUAGAAAAUAUGAUCAAGACAUCAGGAACCCCGGAUCAGUGUCGAAACGAAGAGGGCGAGUUUCAGCUCACGAGCUGCAUUACAAUGUGAACCGGGCGGUUUCGAAUGACAUGAAGAAGAAAACAUAUUUGCCAUAUAAGCAAGGUAUUCUUGGAAGAUUCUCCUUCAAUCCGUAA